AUGGCGUUCUUCCCGUUGCUUGCAGUCCUUGCGACGUCCGUCUCUUUGCGUACUGUGACGGCCUUGCCACAAACCGCUUCAGCAACGACUGCUGCCUUGCCCACUGCGACAGCUGUCGUCCCGGGGUUGAACUAUCUCGCUAGAAAUACCGGAAAGCUUUAUUUUGGUACUGCCACUGACAACCCAGAGCUCAACGACACAACCUACACGGGAAUCCUGGAGAACUACCUGCACUUCGGCCAGAUUACCCCCGCUAACAGCAUGAAAUGGGAUGCCAUUGAACCCGAGCCUGGUGUAUUCACCUUCGAAGCCGGCGAUGUGAUUGCGGAGUUAGCCCGGUCAAACGGCAUGAUCCUUCGAGAUGUAUGGGAUGUUAUCAAUGAACCGUUGAACGACGACGGGACGAUGCGCGAGGACGUCUUCUAUGAUACCUUAGGAACAAGCUAUAUCGAGAUUGCUCUCCGCACAGCGCGAGCAGCCGAUCCGACAGUCAAACUAUACAUCAAUGAUUAUAACAUCGAAUACGUCGGCAACAAAUCAACUGCGAUGCAGAACUUAAUCAAGGAGCUUCAGGCCAACGAUGUCCCAAUCGACGGUGUCGGCCUGGAGUCCCACUUCAUCGUCGGUGAAGUGCCAACCACGCUCGUAGAGAACAUGCAGAACUUCGCCGCCCUUGGAAUCGAAUUCGCCAUUACCGAACUCGACAUCCGCAUGGAGCUCCCUGAGACACCCGAGCUCCUCGAACAACAAAAGAGCGACUUCUAUACAGUGGUCAGUGCUUGCCUAGCCGUCCCCCAAUGCGUCGGUGUAACGGUAUGGGACUGGACCGACAAGUACUCUUGGAUUCCUUCCUCAUUCCCCGGAUGGGGAGCCGCUACGCCUUGGGAUGCGGACUUUGUGCGCAAGCCUGCAUUUGAUGGUAUUGCUCUGGCAUUCGAGGGACAGCCUGUCUAG